AUGAUCGGUGGUCAGAAGGAGAAUAUGGCGGCAGGAUCACCUACUCAUCCAGGCUUUGGCAUCUCUGGGAAGAGCUUCCUCAUAGACAACCUGCUGCGCUCGGCAGGGCCAUCCUUUUCCUCAUCCUCUUCCUCGCCCACCUCAGGUGGACCAACAAGUGGGCUCUUCAAGGAGCCCUCGAUCGGCCCCUACUGGAGCACCUGGGGCCCUCAGCAUGUUUUCUAUGAGGGCCAGAGUAAAAACUGUGAACGAGUCAAAGACAGAGGGCUUCCUCCUCAUCCACACUCAGGCCUGUUGAGCAGUGUGUUUCUACGGCGCCCUCAGUAUGUGCUGGCAGCAGUGUGCUGUGGUGGGUCCAGCCCUCCACUUGUCUUCUCCGAGGGAGCCUAUAUUCCGAUGUGGUCCCCGGAUACGAGCCCCAAAUCCCGGCGAGGAAUCCUGAGGAGGGCGGUGUUCUCGGAUGAGCAGAGGAAGGAGCUGGAGAAAACGUUCAAAAGACAGAAAUACAUCAGCAAGACAGACAGAAACAAACUGGCAGCAGAUCUCAGCCUGAAGGAAUCCCAGGUGAAGAUCUGGUUUCAGAACCGGAGGAUGAAGUGGAGGAACUGUAAGGAGAAGGAGGGCCACAGCUGCCGCUCCCCCAUGGAGGAGCUCAUGUCCCGGGGCUGCAACCAGGAAGAAGAACGCAAGGGGGCACCAGAGAGCACGGGCACGCCAUCAGACAGCUCACCGUCACAGCAGCAGGACUCGGACACAGGUGUUACCACAGAGAAAGAGUCAUGCAAGGAACCUGCGACUUUGAAACAGCCACUGAGUCCGCACAGAUACACUAUGACCUCUGAUCCCUGA